AUGCCCGACCACCCGGAAGCCACCGCGCAAUCCAUCACCGACGCCAUCGACCUCGAGGACAUCGACCGCGACAUCUACCGCUCGCGCGAGCUUUGGAAGCCCGCACAAGGUCGCGGCGUCUUUGGUGGCCAGAUCAUUGCCCAAGCGGCCUGGGCAGCAGUGCAGUCGGUGCGGCGCGACGAGCCCAACACCGAGAAAGGCCUGCACUCUCUUCACUGCUACUUCCUCAACUUUGGCAACGCCGACAUCCCUGUCCUGUACUCGGUCCAACGCCUGCGCGACGGCCGCUCGUACAGCACGCGCUCGGUCCUCGCGACGCAGCAAGGCGUCCCCAUCUUCACCCUCACGUGCUCGUUCUGCCUGCCCGAGCCCAAGCAGCCCGUGCGCGCGCUCCCGCUCCCGCAUUGGCCCCUGCGGUGGCACCGCACCGAGGAGGACAAGGCGCAGCGCCAGGACCUCGGCGACAGCAUCCCCGAGCCCGAGGACUGCGACGCGACCGAGGAGGUCAUGCUGCGCGCGCUCGCCGCGGGCAAGAACUUGCCCAAGAAGCUGCAGGACUUCGUCGAGCGCCAGGCCGAGGAGCGCAGGCAGUCAUCGAUCGAGCUGCGCAACACGGACAGGCGCGAGGCAGGGUUCCUCUUCAGCUUCGAGCGGUCCGCCUCGCAGCAGCAGCUCUACUGGUUCCGUUCCCGUGCGCCGGUCAGGUCCGACCCCGACUUCCAGAAGUGCGUCCUCGCCUAUGCGUCCGACCUCAACUUUAUCGGCACGGCUGCACGUGCGACCGGGCUCGGCUCGUCGACCAAGCCCAGGCUCGGCAUGCUUGCGUCGCUCGACCACUCGAUGUACUUCUACGACUGCAGCGUCGACGCUCACGACUGGCUCCUCUACUACAUGAACUCGCCCGUCACCUCCAACGGUCGUGGGCUCGUCAACGGCCGCAUCUACAAGCGCGACGGCACCCUCGCCGUCGUCUGUACCCAGGAAGGCGUCGUUCGUGCGGCUCUCUGA